GCCCAGUGAGCCUUUCAUUUGGCUUCACUCGCAGAGGCGGUCUUUGUGCCGUCUAAUAGUUUACUAAGAGCCGGAGAUUUUCAAUCCCAAUGUGUGUGGAUCUGUAAAUGAAGUCAAAAGCAGACCGACUGGAAGCUCAUUUGUGAUGGCGCAAGACUUCUGCAGUUUGAAUGGAGAGGACUAUUUUGAGGGAAUAUCUCCAUGUUGUUCAGACUCAGAGGCUUUGAGUCAAGGGGACAAAGAAUAUGAUGACAUCUUGGAGCUUAAUCAGUUUGAUGGACUGCCUUACUCCUCUAGGUUUUACACUUUGCUUAAAGAGAGGAAAGAGCUACCCGUAUGGAGAUCAAAGUGUGAAUUUAUGGACACCUUAGCCAAGGGACAGUUUGUCGCUGUCAGUGGCUUUGCCAAAACUGGAAGGAGCUCACAAAUUCCUCAGUGGUGUGCUGAGUACUGCCUGUCAGUGCAGUUCCAGCAUGGGAUGGUGGUUUGUACUCAGAUUCAUUCCCAACAGGCUGUAGAUCUUGCCCUAAGAGUGGCUGAUGAGAUGGAUGUCAACAUUGGCCAUGAGGUUGGAUACAACAUCCCUUUGGAAACGUGCUGCACCAAUGAAACGGUCCUCAGGUACUGCACAGACAACAUGCUCCUGAGGGAGAUGAUGUCGGACCCUUUGCUGGAGCGCUAUGGUGUGGUGGUUGUGGACCAGGCCCACCAGAGGACCGUGGCCACCGACGUGCUCCAGGGGCUGCUGAAGGACAUCGCCCUCCAGAGGCCGGAGCUCCGGGUGGUCCUCCUUUCGGCCGUUGAACCCGGCCCCAAGCAGCUGGCCCACUUCACCGGCUCAGCCGUGCCGGUGGUCCACCUGGAUGCCCCGGCGUCAGGGGAGGUGUUGCACGGCAGCGCGGGCGACGAUUACUUCUGCUCUGCCCUCCGCCUGGUCCUGGAGAUCCAUCACUCGGAGGAGCAGGGGGAUGUAGUGGUCUUUCUGGUGACAAAGGAGGUAAAAGGCAUCACGGAUCCUCUGAGAGAAAAAACGGUCGAAAAGAUCUUUGUCUCACAUUUUACACCUUUCUCCAUCCUCCGGCAGGAAAUAAAUCUAGCUCACGACAUCCUGUGUCACGAGGGCCACGGUUUAGCCCCUAACCCGGGUGAGCUGCUGCCUGUCACCAUGCAGCCCGGCCAGCAUGUGAAUCUGACCACCCCCAGGGAAGAGGAGGCAGGCCGCUCACGCAGGGUGUUUCUCACCUCCAGCCCCAAUGAGGACUUCUUUUGGGCUGUCAGCUCAAUACGCUUCGUAAUUGAUGCCGGGCUUGAGAAGAGACAUGUCUACAACCCUCGGAUCAGAACAAACUCCUCGAUCAUUCAGCCAAUCAGCGUGGCUCAAACUGAGUGCCGUAAACAGCUGGCGGGUCCAACAGGAAAGUGUUUUCGCCUGUACCCAAAGGAGAGGCAGCUUCCUCUUGAGAUUCGUCCACGCAUUGUGGAUUCGGACAUCACCUACACCGUGCUCUUCCUGAAGAGGAUGGAGAUUGCUGGAUUGAGCCACUGCCAUUUCAUCGACAGACCAGACCCUGGAGGUCUUAUGCAGGCUCUGGAGGAACUGGACUACCUGGCCGCUCUGGAUAAUGACGGCAACCUGUCCGAGAUGGGCAUCAUCAUGUCUGAGUUCCCCCUGGAGCCCCAGAUGGCCAAAACGGUGCUGGCCUCCUGUGAGUUCGACUGCGUCAGCGAGGUGGUCAUCAUCGCCGCCAUGCUAUCAGCACCCACAUGCUUUGUGGCUCCCCCUGUUGAGCAGAAGAUGGAUGCCGCCCAGUGCCACUUGCAGCUUCAGCACCCAGAGGGAGACCACUUCACCCUCAUCAACAUCUACAAAGCCUUCAAGCAGUGUCAGCAGGAUCCAUACUGUAAUGAGGAGAAGUGGUGUCGGGAUUUCUUCUUGAGCCACGCCGCUCUACUGAUGGCCGACGCUCUUUGUGCUGAGCUCACUGACACCCUGAAGAGGAUCGAGUUGCCCAUCUCGGUGCCCGCCUUCGGCUCCCGGAGCAACACCGCCAACAUUAAGAGGGCGCUCCUCGCAGGCUUCUUCAUGCAGGUGGCACGGGAUGUGGACGGAUCAGGGAACUACUUCAUUCUGACUCAUAAGCACGUGGCACAGAUCCAUCCCUUGUCUGCCUACGGGGCCAGAGGCCCCAAGCUUGGCCUGCCGGAGUGGGUGCUUUUCCACGAGCACACCUUCUCAGAGGAUAACUGCCUCCGUACUGUGACCCAAAUAACACCAGAGGAGUUCAUUCGGAUGACUCCACAGUACUUUUUCUGCAACCUGCCAUCGAGUGAGAGCAAAGACAUCCUGCAAAACAUUUUGAACCCUGGAGCAACACGGCAUAAAGAGGAGAAGCAUAAAUUGCAAGAGGAGCCCCAAGAGGAUCAGACCUCUGACCGCUGUGUGGUUCAGUGACCGACAGAUCCACUGUUCUCAGUGGUGAUUCAAUCAUCUGGAUUUAGUGGACUUUGUCGUACAUUAACACACCAUCUAGAGAACCGCAACAUUUAUUACAAUUGUUUCACUCUAUCUGGGCCCAUCAUCACUGUUUUUAAAUAACAGCAUUUUUUUAUUUUUCUUUGAGUAGUGAUAUAAAGUAAGAUGAUAUAUUAAAGUUUAUAUGUAAAUAUUUAAAAUCUGA